CUGUUAGGAAUUGCUUUUGCCCUUUCUUAAUGCCAUCUUUGUGGUAGUGGCAGUGGUGUCUGCAGUCUAGUCACCAACAUGCAGCUUUUUGUCCGUGCCCAGGAGCUACACAUUCUUGAGGUAACUGGUCAGGAGACACUUGCCCAGAUCAAGGCUUCUGUAGCCUCGUUGGAGGGCAUUGCUCCAGAAGAUCAAGUCCUGCUCGUGGCAGGGAUGCCCUUAGAAGAUGAGGCUACCCUUGGCCAGUGUUGGGUAGAAGCUCUGAGCAUUCUAGAAGUAGCUGACCGCAUGCUUGGAGGUAAAGUCCAUGGUUCCCUGGCCUGUGUUGAGAAAGUAAGAGGUCAGACUUUCAAGGUGGCCAAACAAGAGAAAAAGAAGAUGACAGGCCAGCCCAAGAGGUGUAUGCAGUACUACUGGCUCUUUGUCAAUGUUGUACCCACCUUUGGCAAGAAGAAGGGCCCUAAUGCCAACUCUUAA